ACCUUGUAAAAUGAAAAGCACCUUGCCCUGCUCUGACUCCUGCCCACGGAAGAGUUCAGUGCCAAAGUGAAAGGCUCCUAAAAAUGGGCUGAUCCAGGCAGGGGGGGGCGAUUUAGGAACUAUUGAGAAAUGAGGAAGGACAAACAGUGUUAGGUCAUUGCUUCUGCAAACACAGCCAGGGCUUGUUCCUCUAUAAAAGGGAGAGAAAGCGGUUCCAGAGGCAUCACAGACCUGGAGGGGACAGUCUGUGACCAAGGCUGCUGCACCCCCUCCUCGGCACCCACCUCCCCGCUCAAGCAUGAAACUCUUACUCUCCACCGUGCUGUCCUUCGGGAUAGUGGCUCUGUGUCUCGCUGCUCCCCAGAAGGCAAGCGUCAGAUGGUGCACAAUAUCCUCAGCAGAAGAGAACAAAUGCAAUAAUCUACGGGAGCUCAUGCAACAAGAGAGCGUUGCGUUGAGUUGCCUGCAGAAAUCAACGUACCUCGACUGCAUAAAAGCCAUUUCGAAUAAUGAAGCGGAUGGUAUUAGCUUGGACGGUGGUCAAGUUUUUGAGGCUGGCCUUGCCCCCUACAAGCUGAAGCCCAUUGCUGCUGAGGUCUACGAACAAAGUGGAGGCUCCACAAUCAGCUACUACGCCGUGGCCCUUGUGAAGAAAGGAACAGACUUCACAAUUGACAAUCUGCAGGGCAAGACCUCCUGCCACACGGGCCUGGGCAGGUCUGCGGGCUGGAACGUCCCGAUCGGGACCCUCAUCCGCCGGGGAAACAUCCAGUGGGACGGCAAAGACUCGGGCUCCAUCGAGCAAGCUGUGGCAAAUUUUUUCUCUGCCAGCUGUGUGCCUGGUGCCACCACUGAACAAAAACUGUGCCGCCAGUGCAAGGGGGACGCCAAAACCAAAUGCUCCCGCACGGGACCUUAUUCUGGAUAUUCUGGAGCUUUUCACUGUCUGAAAGACGGAAAAGGAGACAUCGCUUUUGUGAAGCACACAACUGUCCAAGAAAAUGCCCCAGAGGAGAAGGAUGAGUACGAGCUGCUGUGUCUGGAUGGCACCCGUCAGCCAGUGGACAACUACAAAUCCUGUCACUGGGCCAGGGUGCCUGCUCAUGCUGUGGUGGCUCGGGAUGAUAGCAAGGUUGAUGACAUCUGGACCUUCCUCUCAAAGGCACAGGAAAGAUUUGGCGUGGGCACAAGCAGCAGCUUCCAUCUCUUUGGGCCACCUGGCAAGAAGGAACCAGCCCUCAAAGACUUGCUUUUCAAAGACUCUGCUAUCGGGCUGAAGCGUAUCCCGUCACUGAUGGAUUCCCAGCUCUACCUGGGCUUCGAGUACUACAGUGCCAUCCAGAGCCUUCAGAAAGACCAGCUGAGCUCCAACCACAGGGAAAAAAAGAUGCGGUGGUGCGCGGUGGGCAAGAACGAGAAGAGCAAGUGUGACCUCUGGAGCGUGGUGAGCAACGGGGAGGUGGAGUGCACCGUGGCGGACGACACCAAGAGCUGCAUCGUGAAGAUCAUGAAAGGUGAAGCAGAUGCGAUCAGCUUGGAUGGAGGUUUUGUCUACACGGCCGGAGUGUGCGGCUUGGUGCCGGUGAUCGGAGAAAGCUAUGACGAUGAGCGCGAAUGCAGCAAAGCAGCAGGAGAACCAGCUUCCUACUUUGCUGUGGCUGUUGUGAAGAAAUCUGAUGGCGACAUCACGUGGAACAAUCUGCAGGGCAAGAAGUCAUGCCACACGGCUGUUGGGAGGACAGCCGGCUGGAACAUCCCCAUGGGCUUGAUUCACAACAAGACAGGGAACUGCAAUUUCGAUGAAUACUUCAGCGAGGGCUGCGCUCCCGGGUCUCCUCCCAACUCCCGCCUGUGCCAGCUGUGCCAGGGCUCCGGGGGGCUCCCACCGGAGAAAUGCGUCGCCAGCAGCCAUGAGAAAUACUACGGAUAUACCGGAGCUCUCCGGUGUCUGGUUGAGCGGGGAGAUGUGGCCUUUAUUAAACAUUCAAUUGUUGAGGAGAACGUUGAUGGCAAAAAUAAAGAAGACUGGGCUAAAGAUCUGAAGAUGGACCAGUUUGAGUUGCUGUGCACUGAUGGGCGACGGGCGAAUGUCAUGGCUUACAGGGAGUGUCACCUGGCCAAAGUUCCUACCCAUGCUGUGGUCACGCGUCCCGAGAAAGCAAAGAAAGUCCGCGAGCUGCUGGAGAGACAGGAGAAAUUGUUUGGGACGAAAGGAGUCGACACGGACAGGUUCAAGAUGUUUGAGUCUGAAACCAAGGACCUUCUGUUUAAAGACUUGACCAAGUGUCUGGUCAAACUCCGCGAGGGAAUCACGUACAAGGAGUUCCUUGGAGAUCAAUACUACGCUUCAGUUGCCAGCCUCAACACCUGCAAUCCAUCAGAUCUCCUCCAGGUGUGCACCUUCCUGGAGGACAAGUAGCGAGAUGGGAAGGACCCUUUGCUGGAAGGGGAGGAAACUUCAAGCCACGACUCCUCUUGCGCCCUCAGCACCCACCACCCAUCCGCCGAGGGGCCUCUGCCUCCCCUGCUUUCUCUGCCCUUCCUCAUCGCUCUCAAAGCGGCUGCCGGAGACUUCACCCUUCUCUGCUGCCAUCACAGCAAGAAAUAAAAUCUUAAAUCUAAAGGGGUGUCCUGAGGUUUUUCCAAACGGUCCUUAUUCCUGGGUAUCUCUCGCUGGAGGAUGAUGCCAAGUUUGGCGGUUGCAUUUAAGGUUUUCCCGCCCACUAGAGAAGUUUGUUUCAAUGUUUGCUGAAGCAAAAUGGAUUAAAUACGCCCUGGAGCCUAA